AUGCACUUCGCUCAGCUCACGACUUCUCUCCUGACUCUGGCCAUUGCCGGCUGCGCCGCGAUGAGCUCGGAUACUGUGGUUGCCAAUGUCGAGGAAGUGACUCAGCUCUCUGCAGAUACCAACACAAUCGCUGUGAAAAUCAAUCUGCUCAACUUUGCCAGAUAUGCUCCGCAAGUGGGCAGCAACUUGGCCCAAAUAGUCGCAACCGUUACGAAGUAUAUUGCCGACAUGAGUAGAAACGACAAACGCGAUCUUGUGGAAGAUAUUGACGAGCUCACCGAGGGAACCGUCAAGGCCAUCUGGCCCAAAAAACGCCAGGCUGCCCCGCCGUUCACCGAGGCGAACCAGCAAGCCAUUUGCGACGCCUUUCGAGGUUUUGUGAGAGUUCAUGAGGCCCUUUUGGCCACGGUGAUUGGCAAGCAUGGCCUCCUGAGCCUUAUGGGAUUCGCGGGGCCGAUUGCUACGACACUUCGAGAGCUCGAGGGUGUUGUCGAUGUUCUUGCUUUUGGCAUCAUUGACCUUGUUCCAAUUUGCGCCCAGAGCGCCACUCAGGACAAAAAUGCUCUGGAUCGGUCGCUUAGGGACGCUGUGGACACCUACAACUGA